AUGUCAAAUCAAUAGCAACUGAAGGAAGAGUUACAGUUGUGUCGGUCUUAAUUGAGCAAAUUAAGUGUAGAGAGAGAUUAGGUAUUGAUCAUAUUGUCUAAAUAGACAGUGUUUGAAUUAAAUAAAGUGAUUAGAUUAGUAGAAAGAUUACAGAUUCAAAUAACAGAGAAGGAUGCUGAGAUAUUAAUGCUUCAUACAUAAUUGGACGAGUAAGAAAUAUAUCAUUAAUAAUAAUUGGAAUAAGUUAAGUAAGUAAUCUGUAAGAUGAAAUACAAGAUCACAUUAUGAGUAUCUCAAGGAAAGUGCAAUUGCUAGACUUAAGUCUGAAAUGAGUUUAGAUUCUGACAGUAUGAUCAAAGAACUCCGAGAGACAAAGCAAAUGUAUCAAGAGAUCUUAGAAAUCGAAGCUAAAAGAAAAUCUUCUUAUUCUUAAGAUGACACUCGUUGUUAAUCCAUCAAUGAUUACUAGAAACUAUAUACAGAGAAAUAAGAACUAUAAUAAUUGGUUGAAAAGUUAUAGAAGAUGUAAGUUAGUUAGAAAAGUGAUUAAUCUGAUGAACUUAUGUAAGAGAUACAAUAUUUACGUGAUCAACUGUAGAAAUUGUAUAACUUUAUCUUUUUAUAUAGAACUUCUGAAUUGGAGACUGCCAAAUAGACCAUAAAUGUACUACAAGUUCAAGUUCUCAAACAAUAAGAUUUAUUGAAGGAAUACUGCACUAACGAUUUUCAGGGGUGA